CCCUCGAGCACUCCCGUUCUCCAUCUCCAUGUACGCCGGCUGCUCCCCCCUCCACUGCCACGCCCUCGCUGCGCCCUCCUCUUUCCCUCUCGCCACGCCUCCACCGCGGUGGCGGGACGCGCUGCAGGACCGGGAUGGAGCGCGCCAUCGUGUUGGGCAUGGUGAGGUGUCCUCCCAGUCCGAGGCCGACCUGCAGCGCCGUCGCUCGUCGUGCCGGACUCGCCCUCCCGGCCCAAUCGUCCUUCAGCGGCUCUUAGAUCUUAUGUGCAGCUUAACGUGAACAAAAGCAAUCUGUAUGCUUGCACAUGUGACAUUGCAAGUGACCUGGUAGUUUUCUGAAGAAGAAUGCAGCUAUGGAAACACCAAGGAGGAGCUACUGGAAGCUUAAGGGUCGUGAAUCGCCAGAAAUGGCAUCUGGCUGGUCUCUCCUAAAUAAGAAAUUAUUGCUGGACCAGAAAGCUACUGGCAAACCCAAAAUGUGUGUGCAGUGUGGAGCUCCCUAGCAGGGUAACAUGCUCCUUUUCUGGCGUGCCCCAGCUGGAAUAGUUCAAGGCUCCCAGGAUUGAGCUCUCAACCCCAAGCCAUGCAUUACAACUGGCGCGUAUGUUAAUUACACUUGUGAUCCAGACUGCUCCAUCAUCUCGGGGCGGGGCGGUUAUUUUAACUAUUCAAAUUCCCAAAAGGUGAGGCUUUCUGGCACGUGGACACGGUAGGUGAGAUCUGAACGCUCGCUUGCCGGAACGCGCAUGCAUGCAACCUUAUAAGUCGGCCGGAUACCCAAGACUACCUGCUGGUACUGUAGCAAGGUAGCCAAUCAACCAACACACACAAACACUUCAUGGCCAUGUCGCUGGUAGUGAUGGCGGUGGCACCACUGCUGCUGCUGUCGUCAUUAGCCGGAGCAGAACUUAAUCCAGGGGAGGCGAUCGGGAUGCCCAACUGCGACAUCGACUGCGGUCACAUGAAGGUGCCGUACCCGUUCGGCAUGGGCCCUGCCAGGUGCUACUGGCCAGGCUUCAAGCUCACCUGCAACCGCACGGGUAAAAGCAAAACCCCGCGGCUGCUGCUCGGCGACGGCACCGGCACCCUGGGCCAAGUCGAGGAUCUCUACUUGCGGAGUCCCUUUCUGAGCGUGACACGCACCGGCAGCGUCGAAAUCGAUGCAGCCGGCAAGGGCGCGCUCGGCAGCAGUGUCGGGGAAGACGGGCCUUAUACGCUGGCAUCACGUGCGAAUGAGCUCACCCUGACAGGCUGCAACGUACAAGUGACUCUCAAGAACGGCAACAUCACCAUGGCCAGCUGCUCGUCGGUCUGCGAGAGCUACGGCCUCACGACGACGACUCCGGAGAUACUCACGCGUGACUCGUUGCCAUGCUCUGGCAGUCGCUGCUGCCAGGUGGAUAUCAUCAACCAGAUCAUGGCCCGCGGCAAGGAUCGCCUCGUCUACGCCGCAUCCUACAACGUUGAAGUCACACACUUCGGUCUGAACCGGAGCUCAGACGAGUCGCGAGUCCCCACGCGUGUGUUCGUCGCCAGGAAGGGGUGGUUCGAGCAGGUCUGGCUCGCUACUGACCACCCUGAUCGGCCAAACCGGACACCAUCAGAGGAUGCGACAUUGCGGGUGCCCAUUUGGCUGGAAUGGGAGGUCCUCGGCGAUAGCAUAGAGCCAGCUGAUCGCAACAGGACGGCUGUCCAGUGCCCCGCGGAAGCGGACCGCAGAAUCUGCAAGAGCAACAACAGCACCUGCAGCAGGGCUACAGUAGGCUACACGUGCUUCUGCGAUGAUGGUUUCGAGGGCAAUCCGUAUGUCACUGACGGCUGCAAAGAUCGCUGCUACUACGGUGAUUUAAUCGAUACAGCUAACUGCACGUGCCCGCUAGGAACCCAGGGCGACCCUUACCAGCGUGGUGGCUGCAUCGGUCUCAUCACUGGUGGCUGCCGACAUAUCUGCGGGAACGUGUCGGCGCCGUACCCAUUCGGCGUGGGCCAAGGCCACGACUGCUAUCAGGAAGGGUUCAACCUCACAUGCAUCGACACAGGCCAUGAGCCAGCUCGGCUGUUCCUGGACAGUGACAUGGUCACCCAAGUCCUGGAGAUCUCAAUCCGGAACAACACGGUGCGCGUCCUCGACACCGGCGUUGUUAGCACUAAUAUUUCGAGGCCAACGGAGGGCAACACGGAUGAAUUUGAGGGAUCCUUCGAGCUUAGCACCUAUGGCCACGAAGAGUUGCCUUACUCGCUGUCAACCCACAACGAGUUAAUCCUUACGGGGUGCAACCUGAUGGCGGAGCUGAGCUGGGAAAGCGACGGGGGAAUCGUCAGCGUCUGCGGCUCCUUCUGCUCCUACAACGACAUCAAGCAAGACGAUCAGUGCAACGGCAUGGGCUGCUGCAGGACGCGCAUCUCCAUGUACAACAACAGCAUGCGCUCUCAAUUCAAAUACAAAUUGAAAUGGUUCAACAAGGGCGACACAGCCCCCGAUAGAGAAAAAUCGGCGCCCAUCCACAUUCUUAUCGCCGAGGAGGGGCGGUUUAAUCAGGGGCAGAUCUCUAGCAAGCUUCCGUCGGAGCCCGUCAACAUUCCCAUUCUUCUGCAGUGGGAAGUAUUGCGUGGCUUUUCCACUGCUAGCGUCGUCAAGUCUUCCCGUUCGGAUUGUCCGCGGGAGGUAUCCGACCGGCUGUGCAGGAGCAAGCACAGCUACUGCAAGCGAGGAAGCAGAGGCGGCUAUACCUGCCACUGCAGAACAGGUUACGACGGUGAACCGGACGCCAACCCCUACGUUUCCGAUGGAUGCAAAGGUCACAACUUGUCUACUACAGGUGAGCAACGGAUCUACUGGGGACUUCAAUGGGGUAAAUACAUCAUUAUAGGAGUUGGUAUUGGGGCGGGUGUCAUACUUUCCCUUUUCGCUGCAUCCUCCAUUUCGAAAAAGCUCAAAGACCGAAGGGCACAAAUAUUGAAGCGACAGUUCUUUGAGAAUAACCGUGGGCAAUUGUUGCGACAGUUGGUAUCUCAAAGAGCUGAUAUUGCAGAAAGAAUGAUCAUAACCUUGGAAGAGAUAGAGAAGGCCACAAACAAUUUUGAUAAAGCACGUGAACUUGGUGGUGGAGGCCACGGUACGGUUUACAAAGGAAUCUUAUCUGACCUCCAUGUCGUAGCCAUCAAGAAACCGAAGAUGGUGGUUCAGAAGGAGAUUGAUGAGUUUAUUAACGAGGUUGCUAUCCUAUCACAAAUCAACCAUAGAAAUGUGGUGAAACUCUAUGGUUGUUGCCUUGAAACAGAAGUUCCUCUAUUGGUCUAUGAGUUUAUAUCCAAUGGUACCCUUUAUGAGCAUCUUCACACGGGUGAAUCAAGAUCUUUGUCAUGGGAUGGUAGGUUGCGGAUAGCGGUUGAAACGGCUAAAUCUCUAGCCUAUCUUCACUCAACAGCUUCAGUACCUGUCAUUCAUAGAGAUGUGAAAUCUGUUAACAUACUUUUGGAUGAUACUCUGACAGCAAAGGUAGCCGACUUUGGAGCUUCAAGGUACGUUCCCAUGGAUAGGUCAGGGGUAACAACAAUGGUGCAAGGUACAAUAGGAUAUCUGGACCCCAUGUACUUCUACACACAGCGCCUCACGGAGAAAAGUGACGUUUACAGUUUUGGCGUCAUUCUUGUUGAACUGUUGACUAGAAAGAAGCCAUCUUCAUACAUGUCACCUGAAGGUGAUGGCCUCGUUGCACAGUUUGCUACCUUGUUUGCAGAGGGAAAUUUGUCAGAGAUCCUAGACCCACAAGUUGUGGACGAGGGAAGCAAAGAAGUAGAAGCAGUUGCUACACUUGCAGUAACAUGUGUAAAAUUAAGAGGAGAGGAUCGCCCUACCAUGAGGCAAGUGGAGUUGACACUGGAAGCUGUUCGAGCAUCCAAUCAGGAUGGCUUAGCCAGCACGGGGGAUGAGAAAUUUGAGGAGAAUGUUAUUGCACUAAAUUGUCCACAAGCUGAUGAUGCAAUGAGCACUGAAGAAUCGACCAGGCAAGUCAGUAUGGAAGAAGAGCUGUUGUUAUCUUCAAGGUAUCCUCGUUAGGUCUGCUUGACUACUGGUGAUCAACACAGUUUAGCUUCUGAUUUUAUAUAGCUUCAUUUGAGUUCAGUUAAUUGUAAGACAUUGAGUGUUUAGAUUCUGAUGUUAGCACACUCAGGCAUUUAUUUAACUGUAAAACAUUAUAUAAUGUCAAACAAGCAGUGUUAACUUAGAGAAUGUUUUUUUA